AUGAACAAAAACACUUCUUCUUCGUCUGGCAGCACUCACAAAAGGCAAAAUUCAUCAUCAUCGGGUUCAAGAUUCAGAAAUAACUCAUCCAAGCCAUCAUCGUCAUCACAAAAACAACAUCAAUCUGGUAAAAAUAACAACACAGGAAGGAAUAAGGACAACAACAAGAAGAAGAAUGAGGCUGUAAAACGUUUACACUCUGAACGAGAAGAUGCAAAAACAACCACGAAUCCGUAUGGAAUGUCGGGAAGUGGUGGAAUUGCUGAAUAUAAAAAAAGAAAAAACAAGGAAGAUAGUAAUGUAAUGGCAAAGAGAGCACUGGAUGAAUUUCUCAAGUUGGGUAAAAAGAAGAGAAAGCAAAAAACUGACAUUCUUGAAGAGGUACUCCAUCAUCUUCAAGGAAGUAUCAGUAGUGUUUCAUUGCGUUCGGAUAUGAGUCGUUUAUUGCAAGCCAUUCUCAAGUAUGGUACCGACUCACAACGGAAAUUGGUAGUGAAUGAAAUUAAGAACGAUCUUCGUGUCUUGUCAGCCAAUAUUUAUGGACACCAAUUGGUCAAGAAGGUAAUGAAAUAUCACGCUCUCAAGAUUAAGGACGACAAGGAAAGAUUAGAAUUCUACAAGGAAGUAUUCUUUGGAAAUAUGAAGACCAUGAUUCAACAACGAUUCUCGGGUGAAGUUCUUGACUAUUGUUAUACUCGAUUAUGGAAUUAUACUGAAAAGAGAUUUUUCGUACAGGAAUUUUAUGGAUCAGAAUUUUUGUGGACCACCGAAGAAAGUAAGAUGAACGACUCACUGAAGGAUUCAAUUUCUUCAAAUAAGGAAGGAGCAAAAUCACUCAUUGUUUCAGAGUUGAACGCCAUUGUGCAAACAGCAAUUCAAAAGAGAUUAAUCGAUUUGACAAUUGUCCAAAAACUCAUAAUUGACAUUUUUGAAUGUGGUGAAAAUUCCCAUGUCAAAUUCACACUCUACGACUUGAUUGAGUGUAACGCCAUUCCUCUCAUUCUUCACACAUUGUUAGGUUGUAAAAUCUCUCUUCUCUGUAUUUCGUAUGCUAAUGAAAAGGAAAGAAAGAUGAUUGUGAGAGCAUUGUCACGAUCCAAAGUCGAUGUUGCAUCGGCAGAGGAAGCCAAUGCUGCAGGAGAGGGUGAAAACGCCACCGAAGACAAAACCAAGGAGGACGAUCUCAUCAACAAUGAUCCUCACAAUUCAUUGGCCGUUUUAGCUGCUCAGGACAACUUUGGAUCUGUGGUCAUCUCAUACUUGUUUAAAUGCAUUGAUGAUACUGUUUUACUGAACCAGAAAAUUCUGAAACAUUUCAGAAAAAUUUUAUCUGAGUUAUUUGUUCAUGCUCAAGCCAGUCGACCAAUUCUUUACCUCCUGACUGGAAAUUCCAAGUGCCUUUGUAACAGUGAAGGCAUUAAAUUAUUUGAUCAUUUGGAGCUCAGAAAGGAGUUAUUGAAGGAUGGAGCUCUCAGUAAGAAGGGACAAGAUAAGAUUCGACAUGAAUUAUUACUUUCUUUUGGACCUUCUCUUGCAACAGCCAUUUGUGAAAACAUGAAUGAAUUAUUGACCAACCAGCAUGGACAUGGCAUCUUGAAGGAGGCUGCCACUCUCUAUCCACAGAAUAAGGACUUUGAAAAUGUUGCCAAAAAAUUGAAAGAUCUCAUGCAAAAUCAAAAGGAAGGCAGCAUUGAUUUCUCACAUGCACUCACCAAGACUACUCUCUCGUAUGCAAUCAUGGAGAGCAAGGAGGGAGGAUUUUGUGACAUGGCCUUUGAAGUUGUGAAGGGUAAAUGCAAGCAAUACAUUUUCGAAAAGAAAGCACCUUAUAUUGUGUCUGCCUUACUGAAAACACGCCAUGGACGAUCCGUGUACGAUGAAAUUGUAAACUUGAAGACAAAAAUCGAAGAAGAAAAAACAGACAAGAAUUUCAUGUUUUUAGCCAAGGUUUUAGCCACAAAGAAGGAAGAAUAUGAAGGCAAAUAA